AUGUACACAAAAGAUAAUAAUGCUUCUGUUGUUUGUAUGCGGGUAAAGAAUGCCCUUUAUGAUUUAUAUAAUGAAUACAAAGACUUUCAUUCCACAUCCGCAACAAUAGUUCAAAGUGAUGGUGCUUCAAGUUCUAGCAAAGAUGUAGAACCUGGUCUUCCGAAAAAAGGACUUAUGAGAUCUAAGUUUAAAAAAUUCAAAGAGUCUCGUGAGGAUGGGGAAUUGACUAAAACAGAGGUGGACAAGUAUUUAGAUGAGGUUACAGAAGAAGAUGGAGAUGACUUUGAUAUUUUGACAUGGUGGAAAAACAAUAGUUCAAGGUUUCCAAUUCUUUCUCUUGUAGCUCGUGAUGUGCUAGCCAUUCCUGUAUCCACAGUUGCAUCGGAAAGUGCCUUUAGUACUGGAGGUCGAGUUCUAGAUUCAUUUCGAAGUUCAUUAAGUCCAAAGAUGGCAGAAGCUCUUAUUUCUUGUCAAGAUUGGCUUCGUGCUUCUUCUCUAAAAGUUGAGGAGUGCUUGGAGGAUAUAGCACAACUAGAGAACGAGUUAUCGAAGAUCAAUUUGGCUCCUUCAGUUAUUGAUGUUCCUUGAUGCAAUGAUGCAUAUUCAUGGAUGAAGUCGGCAAUUCGCUAUUGCUGAUGUAUUUUGAUGAUGUAUUUGAUGGAGGAUAUUGCUGAUGUAUUUGAUGAUGAUGUAUUUUGGAUUUGAUGAUGUAUUUUGUUUACAGAUUAUCGUUUAUCUUAGAUUCUCACUCAAUUAAAAAAA